AUGUCAUCAUCUUCGGAAAAGAUAUCUCGUUCUCAUACAAUCGAGUUUUUUUUCAAUAAAAAGAAAAAAGUCGAUGAACAAGAAUUAGUAACAUCUUCAUCACUUGAAGAUACACAUUCAACUCAUCAACGAAUUAACCAUUCUAUAAAUUCGAAUAUAUCAUCAACUAAUUCACAAAUAAUCAGACCGAUAAAUUCAAAUGUUUCUAUUGAUACAAGUGUUAUUUUAAGUUGCUUAGACAAUAUUAUUACAAACAUAGAAAACGAUGGUGGUGAUGAACUUUCAUCAACAAAAUCAAGUUCAAAUGAAACAAAUAUUUUGUUUGAUAUUGGUGUUGAUUUGCGUCGAGUACAACAAAUGAGUGAAACAUGUGUUGAAUUGAUCAAUCAAACAACAGAAAUUGAUAAUGUCCAAGAGAAAGUCUUAAAUGAUACAUUAGAUUUUACCAAUCGAUUAAUAUUAUUAGUAAAUAAUUUACGUGAUAAAUGUGUUAUUAAUGAUAAUAGUGAAAAACCACCUAUUGAUCGUGAUCCUGGUGCUGCUAUUGGGCUUUCCAAUAAUAUACACAAGUUUUCUGAUGAUCAACUUCGUUAUUUAACAUCGAAAGGACCAUUUCAACCACGUAUUGAUUUUCCUAUAAAUGAGAAAUUAAAAUCAGCAAAACAAACAUACAAAUUUGUACAUUCGUGGUAUGCUGAUUUUCCAUUUUUAGAAUACAGUAUUGCUAAGGACAAGGUUUAUUGUUUUGUAUGUCGAUUAUUCGGUGAUGGAGCUGGCUCUGAACAAUCAGAGUUAGCAUGGAUAAUUGGUACCAACAGAUGGAACAAAAUGAAAAGUAGGGGAAAAGAGAAAAAAGGGAAACUUGUUUUACAUUUUACGUCAAAAUCACAUAAUGCAGCACUGGACCGAUAUAAUAAUUUCAUAACAAAUAAAAAUCAUGUUGGUCUUAUGCUCGAUUCACAUAAACAACAAGCUGAACAAAAACGUGAAGCUACACUUAAAUAUAAUUGUACGAUUGUUUCUACAUUAAUUGAUAUUAGUCGUUUUCUUGCAAGACAAAAUCUUGCUUUUCGUGGUCGAUCUGGAGGUGAAGAACAAGGAAAUUAUGUUCAGCUUGUUAAUUUAUUUAGAAGAUAUAAUUCAAAUUUUAAUCAAUGGUUUCUUGAUACUUCUCUUCGUGCACAUCAGGUAACUUAUCUUACACCACAAGCACAAAAUGAAUUUAUUGAGAUUAUUGGUAAAGAAGUACAUAGUGAAGUUCUGAAAAGAAUCAUGGAAGUACCAUUUAUUUCGAUUAUGGUGGAUUCAACACCAGAUAUUUCAAAUAAAGAAAUGUAUAGUAUUAUUAUUAGAUAUACCCGAAAUUUUGAAAUUCAAGAACGUCUUUUUGCAUUUGGUGAACUCAAUAGUAAAGUUGGUGAGCAUAUUGUUGAAUUUAUUCUUUCAUUUUUUAAAACAUUUGGUAUUUCGACAACGAAAAUUAUUGCUCAAUCGUAUGAUGGGGCCAGCAAUAUGACGGGUAAAAAUAUCGGUGUUCAAACAUUGUUGAGCAAAAAAUUAAAUAGGAACAUUAUCUUUAUUCCAUGUGGUGCUCAUCGAUCAAAUCUCGUUAUCAAGCAUUCAAGCUCUAUUAGUGUUGAAUAUAUUAGUUUAUUUAAUCUAUUACAAGCAUUAUAUAAUUACAUUGGUGGUAGUGUAAAACGUCAUAUGAUUUAUAAAACCAAAAUCGAUGAAACCAAUUAUGGUUUAUUAUUAAAAGAUUUAUGUGAAACACGAUGGUAUGCUCGUUAUGAAUCAUUAAAUGCUGUUUAUAUAUCAUUUCAUCAAUUAGUUGAGUGUUUAUCGGAAUUAGAAGACGAUACUGAUACAAAUACUCGUCAUAAAGCAAAAGCAUUACGAAAAAAAAUUGUUUCAUUUGAAUUUUAUGUACUUUUGAUAUUUUUACGAAAACUUAUGGCAAUGACAAAUGCAACAACAAUUCAAUUACAACAACAAGAAUUGAAUAUAAUUGCUGCUAUUGAAAUGUUAUCAUCAUUAUUAGAAUUAUUAAAAGAACUAAGAAAUGAUGAUGAUGCUUUUGAACAAAUAAUUGGAACAGCUGAAAAUGAAUUAGAACGAUAUGAUGUUGAUUUUGAAGCUGAAUUUCAUCGUUUACAUCGUUCCAGACUUCGAUCAUCAAGAAUUGAUGAUAACAAUGCAAAUGCUCACGUAUUUACUCGUACAUUAAAUGAAACAGUGUGUUGGUUUAAACACUUAUCACCAUCAACAAUCAAUGGUUUUAAUCAAAAUGAUGCUGAUCAUUUACUUAAUAUUGUACCCGGUAUAGAUGAUGCUCUAUUACUUUUUCAAGAAUUUAAACAACUUACACCAACUAUUAUGAAAUGUUCGAGUACUCUUGAAGUUGCCAAGAUAUUUAAAGAUUAUUAUAAAAUUUAUCCACGUGCUGCUCUUGUUUAUCAAUUUAUGUUGACGUUGCCUAUUACUGUAGCUACGAAUGAAAGAACAUUUUCAAAAUUAAAAUUAAUAAAGAAUUAUUUAAGAAGCACAAUGGAUAAUCAACGUUUAUUUUAUUUGUUAAUUAGUUCGAUUGAAUAUGAUAUAUUAGAUGAAAUUGAUCCACAAAAGCUCGUACAAGAUUGGGCAAAGAUAAAGGAUCGUAAAAUUGUUGUAUAUUGA